GCAUCUCCCCCGGCCCCCCACUUUCAUGGUUAAUGCUCGCCCACCUCCUCUUUCUUUCUGAAGCAACAACGCUUCCACCGCUUUCAUCUGGUUCACUCAAGAAAGAGCCCUAGUAGCCAAAGCCAAUGGCAGCUGCAAUUUCAGGUUCAUGGUCUUCCAAGCCCUCUCCAAUCACUUCGCAACACCCAUCAUUAUCAUCCAAGAUUGGCCUUAAGCCUUGGACGCUGUCCACAAAACCCAACUACCCCAUUUCCAGACCAAAUCAAAGCAAAAAUCAGAACUACUUUUCAUCAUGCUCCACACAAUUAAAUGCGACCUUGAAGAAUCCAAGAGGCUUCGGUCGGCCACCAAAGGAAAGCAAGAAGACCACCACCAAGAAGAAGACGGAACAAAACAAUGACAGUGGCAAUGAAGAUGAGGAAGACGAAGAGGACGAAGCAGAAGAAGGCAUAAUACCAGAGAUAGUGACCAACAGGAUGAUAACCAGGAUGGGAUUCACAGUUGGGCUUCCACUGUUUAUGGGACUAUUGUUUUUCCCAUUCUUCUACUACUUGAAAGUUGGUCUCAAAAUUGAUGUGCCCACAUGGGUGCCCUUCAUUGUGUCAUUUGUGUUCUUUGGGACAGCUCUUGCGGGAGUGAGCUAUGGGAUUGUGUCCUCUAGUUGGGACCCUAUGAGGGAAGGGUCGCUCUUGGGUUGGAAUGAGGCUCAGAAGAAUUGGCCUGUAUUUUGGAGAUCUCUUAGGGGUGGAUCGAGGAAGAACUAGGAUUGCUAAACUAUAGUAUUUAGAAAACCUUCUUUUUUCUUCCAACAUUUUGAUGGGAUCAUUUUUCUUAGCAAGAUAUUGUCUCUCUUCUUUUUGGUAUUGACAAAUGUUAGUAGCUA